AAAAGACUGGAAGGUCGAGGUUUGUUUUGCCACUAAAAACGACGAAAUGGCUUAGAAUUCCAUUUGAUUCGCUAUUUCUUGGAGAAGAGUGUAUUUUUAUCUCAACAUGUCGUGAAUAGUUAACUGUACCGAUGCUAUUUAUCAAUGAUUUUCAACUGAUUUCAAGCACUUGACAACCGUAUCAUGCCAGUGAUCUCAGCAGAUGAACAUUGCAUAUGUCAAUGUUAUGGAGACACUUUUCUUCCUUCACAACUAUCAGCUGGGUAGGACUUUUUACAGGCAAUAACAUUAUUUAAUCGUGGAAAAUGGCUUGGAGAUGCAAGGAAUGCAACAUGACGUUUGACACUCAACAACUGUAUGACACUCAUAAAAGAAAGUUUUGUGUUGGUGACACAGUAGAUCCAGCUCGUAUCCAUUCCAGGAUAUCUGGUAAAAGUGCUAAUAGACAUGAAAGAAAAGAUAAACAAGAAUUGCAAACGCCUUUGCCAGGUGUCAAGACUCCAGCUCAUUCCAGUUCAUCUGCACCCAAUACUCCGACAAGAAACAUGAAUCUUCAUCCAGGAAAUGACAGGAGCAAUAUUUUUCUAGGGAGUCAGCAUCGCUCCACGCAUCGCAAGUCUGCACCAAACACACCCACCAGUGAUUAUGGUGAUAUAUCAGCCCUUGAGAAGGAAAAGAUAGACCAGCUGAAAAGGUUUAAGACUCAGCAAUUGAUGCAAAGAAACUCAAGGAACUUGGAAGAAAAACUUUUACUCACCAGUAUCAAAGACAGCCAGUUUCCUGUGCAUACACCAAGGAGAAUAAACCAUGAUGAUAGGGGUGAUGACAAGAUACUUCAAUUGACUGAAGUCCAUCGUCAGCAGCUUGCUGAGCUGAAACUGAGGAAUGAAAAACUGCAGAAAGAAAAAGCAAUAAUUGCUGAAAGGAUGAACUCCUUAGGACUGAAAAGCAGACAGAAAAUGCUAUCUCAGGGGAGUCUAAAUAAACAGGUUACAGAGCUUGAUGGACUGAAGAGGUACUUGGACUUUAAAGAAGAAGAGGAAAAGAGAAACUUCAAUACUGAACAAUCGAAAGUCAACCUGUUAAAGGUUUCGGCAAGAUCUCCACCCCGUAGUGCGGCAUCUGAUUAUAUUAGAAGUCCAGAGCCACAAGUAAUACAACCAAGGGGGUCUUCAAGAGAACUGGUUGGAGAUAGAAGAGGUCAGAUUGUUCCGUAUCGUUAUUCUCCAGUUCGAUAUUUUGAGCCUGCGCCAAUCCAACUUGGACAGAGCAAUGUUUUACACGAACUUAAUAUGUUGAAGAAUGAGUAUUUUCACAAAGGAGGCAAUGAUCCUGCAAUACUGGCACAAAUGCGAGAGUUGGAGUAUGAAGCACAAAGAAUGCAAGCUACACAGAGGCCGCCACCAGCUGUGGAUCCGCUCCUACAACAACAGAUAAUGAAUUUUCACUUGGCCAACCAAAGACUAGAGCAAGAGUUACAACUUUUGAGGGUAGGUCUUAAAGGUGAUCCCUCGAAUUUUUGCAGGAGAAACUUCAAUACUGAACAAUCGAAAGUCAACCUGUUAAAGGUUUCGGCAAGAUCUCCACCCCGUAGUGCGGCAUCUGAUUAUAUUAGAAGUCCAGAGCCACAAGUAAUACAACCAAGGGGGUCUUCAAGAGAACUGGUUGGAGAUAGAAGAGGUCAGAUUGUUCCGUAUCGUUAUUCUCCAGUUCGAUAUUUUGAGCCUGCGCCAAUCCAACUUGGACAGAGCAAUGUUUUACACGAACUUAAUAUGUUGAAGAAUGAGUAUUUUCACAAAGGAGGCAAUGAUCCUGCAAUACUGGCACAAAUGCGAGAGUUGGAGUAUGAAGCACAAAGAAUGCAAGCUACACAGAGGCCGCCACCAGCUGUGGAUCCGCUCCUACAACAACAGAUAAUGAAUUUUCACUUGGCCAACCAAAGACUAGAGCAAGAGUUACAACUUUUGAGGGAAGAUAGAAAUCAGAAGGAAAGAAUGCGAUCACCAGAUAUAGAUCCUGAAUUCAAGCGAAUGAAAGAAGAACACUUAGUGAAAAUGGCGUCACUGAGGCAAGAGGCGGAGUUGUUAAAACAACAAGCAGAGGUGGAAAAAAUGAGGAAAGAACUCAAAGAGUUAAGAGGCGAAGGUUUGCCAUUGGAAGAAAGUAGAAAGGCCUUAGAGGCACCAUUUAUGAUGACAAAUUCAAGCGUGGAUAAAGAAUUACUACCGAGCCCUUACGAUCCUAACGCCGGGUUCGCAGUAUUCUGGGAUUUCGUUCUUGGCCUCAGCUCGUCUUUUUCCAGGUGCAGACUGGCAGCAGGAAUUUAUCAAGGAGUGGAAAUAGUGACAGAUGUUAAACUGUUACCGCUCGUGAGAACAACUCCCAUCACUAAGGACAGCUAUCCCUCAGUACCUCCUGGUGGAGCAGGGAUUAUUAGCGUUAAACAUCCGUUCCCAAGGUGCAUUCCUGAUCAAAAUCUUAACCUUGUUGUGGAGCUGCAAGCAAACAGCACCGAGGACUCUGAUGAUCCAACACAGCUGUUUUCGAAAGGAUGGACUAAAAUCGACUUGUUUGACAUCAGCAACAGAUUGCUCAGUGGAAGGUGGAAAGUACCGAUUAGGAUAGCUCCCAUAAAAGCGUUUCUAAACACUUAUGAACUAAACAAGAUCCCACAGGUGGGGCAGGCGGAGUUGUACCUCAGACUUGUCAACAGCCGUGAUACCACAACACAAGAUGAAUUAAAUCCUCAGCCGUUACAGCAUUACCUCUACAGAUAUCCAUCAAUGGACAAUAUUCGUGUCAUGCCACAAGUAUCUUCGUUACCAGUCAGCCGUGGGUUACAGAACUUGGUUCCAGCACCACCCCCGUCAGUACCUCCCCCUCCCGACACCCCAGUGUCUGUUGUGCAGAGAGCUGAAAGUGCCCCAAGAACCCCGCUUGAGGAGUCGAUAAUUGGUUUUCAAGUGGAUAAACUGAUUGACGCCAUUCAAGGAGAAGCCAAGAUUAAGAUUACAGUCUAUGAACACGAUCAAGGACAGGUACGUGGCUCAAAGACAAUCAAUCAA